AGAAAAGCACAUGAUCGCCCUGUGAUUUUUUUUUUUGUCUGAUUACUUGUUUUAUGUCUCUCAGUCACUGAAGCUAUUUCAGGGUUGGUCUUCUGUUGAACAGGAUGAAUCCAGCCAGUUGUUUCUUUGCAGUAAUCCUGGCAUUUGGCACCUUUGAGCUUUGUCGCGCAGGACCUCUCCAUGCCCAGUGCAAAGUUGAAUGGUACUUUGGGAUACCAUGCCAAAUGGUUUAUGAAUCCCUUGUUUCCCAGAUCAAGAAGUGGAGAACCAUGACUGGCUGCAAUAUGGGAGGAGAGAGGUGCCUGUAUAAGCUGCAGUCUGCCUCUGUCCACUUUAUAGCAGCCAAACACAUCACUCCCUUUAAGAGAUUUGUGGACGACAUCAAUUUCCGGCUGGUCUCCUAUCACUUCUUCACUUGCUGUCACGUUUCAGCCAUGUCCAUCUCUGAGUCCUGGUAUGCAAUCAAAGACCAUGGCACAAACUACUGCAACCUCUACAACCUGAUGGAAGGAAGUGGUCUGACUGAAGCCAGAGGUUAUAAAGAGGUCACCAGUGACUUCCUGUGUACCCAGCGCUCCUCUGCUAACUGCACUGUAUACUGACUUGCACUAUAAACUGGAUGAAUAUUAGAAGAAGAAGAAGA